AUGGCCCAUCAGCAGCUGGACCACUCUUUCCCCUGCUCACUCACAAUCGACCUACCCCUCCCUACGGCCCGCCUAGCAUCUGCCGCACUCCAAGCUCUGCGAGUUGACAAGGAGCUCUCCCCUCUGGUAUGCCGAUCUUUCUCGACCGUUUCCCCACCUGAAGGACGCGACGGGUCUGAAGAAACGGUUCUGCGCACGGAAUACAAGGCGACAACGAAUAGAAUGCUAAGGGUUGCGGUUAACGGGUUUAUGGAAAGCUUGAGUGUGGUGCUGGGGGUGAUGGAGGAGUUAGAUGUCGAUGUACUUGGUGUUGAGGCGAAAGAGGGAUGA